AUGGUGAUGACGGCUAAUGUCAAUGACGUAGCUAGGCUACACACUCAUCUGUUCAGCAACUACAACAAGGUUAUCCCCCCUGUUUACAACCAGUCACACCCGGUGGCUGUUAAACUGUCCUUGUUUCUUCUCAUGAUCAUGGACUUGCAGUGGAACGACGAGUUUCUCCGGUGGAAUGUCAGCGAGUUCGGCGGAGUGGAGGACAUCGUCGUGGCGCAGGGCAUGGUGUGGCUUCCCGACAUCCUCGUGGAAAACACGGCACAAAACUUCGCCGAACAGGGCAACGCUGCUACUCUGAUCAGCAUUGAGCACACUGGUCGGUUACACUGGGAGCCGGGCAUACUGACCCGCACCAUCUGCGAGGUGAACAUCGGCAAGUACCCGUUCGACUACCAGAUGUGCGAGAUCAAGUUCCUUACGUGGAUGCACACGAACAAGACGCUGGAGGUGAUGCCGGGCUCGAAGAACGUCAGCCUGGAGGCGUGCAUCCAGAACGGAGAGUGGGACAUCAUCUCUGCUGAGUCGGAGUCCUACUUCUACCCGUCAACGUACCGGCCGGGCACGAAGCACACGGGCGUCACGUUCAAGAUCCACCUGCUGCGGAAGCGGACGUUCUACGUGCUGAACACCAUCGUGCCCGUCGUCAUGCUGUCCAUGCUCAACGUGCUCGUCUUCCUGCUGCCGGCGAGCUCGGGCGAGAAGAUGGCGCUCGCCGUCACCGUGCUGCUGUCUUUCACCGUCUACCUGAGCAUCAUCAGCGAGGUGAUGCCGAAAACCUCAGAGAGUAUCUCCAUACUGGCGGUGUACCUGACCGUGUUGUUGACGCUGAGUACCAUGUCGGUGCUGUCGUCUGGUAUCGUGAUGAACCUCAUCCACAAAGACCCGGACAAACCAAUUCCAAGAUGGCUGACUUGCGUGCUCUUCUGUCGUCUGCGCAAGCUGAAAAAGAGGCGUACGCUCGAGCUACAGCGAAUGAAGGAACAGUACUUCCAGCUCAGCGUCCGGAGAUACGAGAACGGCGACGCCAUGCGGCGAUUCUCGGACGAGUCGAGGACGCACACGGAAACCCGCUCACUGGUCGAGUCCAAGGUCGACAAGGACACUGGGGGGAUACAGGAUUUUUCUAAUUUGUUUGACGAUAAUGAAGCGGAAGUGACGUUAGAGGAUAUUUCGUGGAACGAGGUGGGGGCCGCCAUUGACAACGUCCUGUUUUGGAUUUUCUUGUUAUUGACCUUGACGUCGACGGCCACGGUGUUUACGAUGUUCUCAUUUUGAGUUUCCACACAUUAUUGUUUUUAGCUUGCUGAUUUAUUUCGAUACAACGUAAUGCUAGAGCAAUGGAAAGUGCCGUUCUCCUGAACGUAGUGGUCUCAAUCACCACGCUUUUAACAUAGCAAGUCGAUAGUGUCUACCAUCAGAAUCCUUUACCUGUUUCUAGGUAUGAAACGUCUUCACAGGUGAUGUUCUGAUAACAGUGUGCCUGGAUCGAGACUACGGCUUGUUCUGAAUGUACAUUUACACAGAAGGUCAUUGACCAUGGCGCCAAUAAAUAGGAGUGCGCUAACGAGUCUCUGUUUAGGUCCUGGUGGACAAGGCUCCUGACCUAACAUAACGAAAUUUGCUGUUUGCACAGACACUGUCCCGUAAUGUUUGCCCUCUUGUUCACUCACUUGUGAAAACAUAUGGUCAGUUUAAUAAGCACUGUUUGAUAUAUUGUAAAAACAAAUGUAAAUAUUUUAUAACGGUGUGUGAUACUGAGUGGUUGUGUAUGUAUAAUAUUCCUUGACCAUGUCUGUAUAUAGAUAAACAGCUAGAGCCUGCGGUGCAUUAACUGUCCAGCUAAAACGGAAAAACUGUUCUGGUGGACCACAUAGAGUACAUGUACGUGAAUGCUGGAUAUCGUUGGUCUAUUGCAUUUUGACUUUAGGAAGCAUGGGAUAACAGAAACAAUUGAAGUUAAACUAGAAUUAAUCUUGAAGCUGCUUCCUGGAUAAUAUUUGUAUUGUAAUUUAGGAUAGACCGUCAACAUUAAUUUUCUUACUGUUUAGCAUCAUUAUUCAUUGGCUAUACUUGCUGAUCUAGGUCACCAGGACAUGUAUUACUACUUUUUUAUCAUUUUAAUUCCAUCAGAAAGUGGGACAUUAUUUCAAAACUUUUGACAGAAAAGUGUUAAAUCACAGCGACGGAUAUACUCGUGUUGUUCCAAGGAAGGUGGCGAUCACUGUUAAAGGCGAUAGUACACGAAGCUGAAGUCGAGUUUGCAUACUGAAUUAUUUAACGAUGUUUUACUAAGAAUAGGGUCACGACGUGGUGGCAGCUUUUGAAAUGACGCUUGUAAAUUAUUACAUAAGGAAGUGUUCUAGAUCAAUAGAAAAAGAACAGAAAAUAUCUUGUUUACGCUCAGGCUGUUGCACUGAACACAAAUCGCAGCAUCAGCAUAGAGAGGAUUAUAGUCCAUUGGAAAACCUAUGAAUGACAAUAGAGUGUAGCAAUUUUCACGGAUUUGUGUUGUAUGAAUUAGUUAGUGAUUACUGUAUCGGUUAUUUUCAACACAACGUCUGAGAUGUAGAAAAUCAUAUUUUGUAAUAGAAAAUGCUAUACAUCUUCGACACUAGAUGUUUCAUGACACACGACGUGGCACACGCAUAUAAUACCCAUCCUUCAUAGGUGUAUAGAACAACACGCGAAUGCGUUUAAUAUGUAAUACAAGGUUAAGAUAUAUUUGGAAGUUUGUUUUUGUGUGUGGAUGUUUUGUUCCUAAUAUCAUUAACUUAUAUCAAUCCCUACCUCUUCUCUGUCUCUGUCUGUCACUCUUUUUCUCUGUGUUCAUCUAUAUAUAUAUAUAUCUAUCUAUCUUGUUUUGUUUUGUUUUCUCUCUCUCCCUCUCCCUCUAUCUAUCGUUCUCUAUAUCUAUUUCUCUCUAUAUGGUUCUCUCGAUAUCACCGCUCUGUCUCUGUCCCUUUCUGUGUCUCUCCGUCUGUCUCCCUGUCUCUCUCUGUGUUCUCUCUCUCUCUCUCUCUCUCUCUCUCUCUCUCUCUCUCUCUCUCUCUCUCUCUUGAGAACCAUUUCGAUAUAAAUGUGCCGAUUACUAUACGUCUUACAUUUUAAAACCUCGCUUUAUAAUUGGCCAAACGUCAUUCUAACUCUCUAACAACAUAGUAUUCGAUAUGUGUGUAAAAGUACUAUUACUGCAAUGUUUUUAAUAAAAUGUAUGUAUAGUCUUAAACACAUAUCAUCAUUUGCUGUUUUUGCCUUUCUCUGUAUAUCUGUUUAUGUACGUUUCAACCGUGCUUUUCACGUUGAACGUGAGACAAACCGUGUAUAGAAUAUAUAUUGAUCGAAACAAGAACCUGUGCAUUUUAGAAUGUCUCAUUUACAAAUAGCUAACUGAAGAGGGGACGUGGUAUGUAAUAUAUGUUACAGGAAAUACUUUUUAUCUUAUUGUUAUGAAUAUGCAAACUCAUAAUAUUCAAAGUUGUAACGGCUGACAAUAUCGAAUGUACAAGUAUGUAUAAAUACAUUGGUAAACAUUUUUGUCUUUGAAACGUACAUGCUUGAACCUAGAUUAUCAUAUGAAUUAAUUUAGUACUUGUUAAUAAAUAUUAUUUAUUGUUUAAAUAAAAUAUUUAAUAUUUUGAAA